GCACGCUUUACGUCAUGUUUUCUUUAGACGCAAGCACCUUACAUACAGUUGCUGUUCACCGGAGUUUCUGCACGAAGAUCCUCUGUGUUACUUGACCAGUCCAGCCUGUCAUUGAUGUGGACUACCAAGCAUUUGCAGUACUACAUCACCUCCAUGUCCUCUCUCGGAAUAGUGACCAGGCUUAGAGGCUCUUCAUUGUGAUGAAAUUCAAUAUACCGUUACUUGUUUUUGUUGAUGUGCAGUGAACAAUGAAGAAGUUCAGUAUUUGGAUGUUCCUGCCCCUGGCAUUUUCAGUAUUUACUGUUGCUGGUCUGUGGAUUAUAUAUGUCAUUGGCAUAGAAAAUAACAAAAUCAUCCCUCUUAACUCCAAAUACAUGAUUUCUGAAAGUAAAUAUCCUCCUUUUAUAAGUUUGGCUGGGAAUAAUCCACCUGCAAGCUGUGUUUUCAGCCAAGUUAUGAAUGUUUCAGCAUUCGCAGCUUUUGUUAUAGGUGUCUUUAGAUACAUUCAAGUGAAGCCUAAAAUUAUUAAACCGUGGAUCAACAUUUCCAGCCUUACUGCUUUCAGUCUGUUCUGCAUUGGAGUGUCAUUACUAGGCAAUUUUCAGCUUGAUGGUGAUGAAGAGGUGCACAAUUUUGGAACAGGAAUGGCAUUUGGAUUUGGUACCUAUCUUUGUUGGAUCCAAACUCUAAUUACCUUCCAAAUCAAUCUCAGGAGUGAAGGGAAAAUCCUUGGAUUCACACGGCUCACCCUGUCAGCUGCCAUCACUUUUCUGAUGGUUAUAUAUUACAUUUUCCUAAAUUUAAAUGCCAUCAUGCAUGCUGCUCGUGUACAGUGGAGUAUGAUUAUGCUCUUAAUCACUUUUUUGGGGACAUUCGCAUGGGAUUUCCGCUACCACAGAUUUGAACUCCAGUGCACAGACACACAGGAGGCUAUGCUGUGUUCACCAUUACCUGUUGAAAUGUCAGAGCAGCAGGUGUGAAAACUUCAUGAAAAAGGCUCUGGCAUGUACUGUCUGUUGGCUGCAGUAAACUUAUUUUUACACGUUUAAAUCGUCAAGAGCGACAUGUACAGAAGAAAUGAAAAAUUUUGAUUUGUUAUGGAUGCUGUAAAUGAACCUUGGUUUGUAUGAAAAAUUCAGUAACAUAACUUAAUACUGAAAUGUAACCAAUGCAUGAAACUAAUGAUAUGUAUGCACUGGCAAAGCUUUUUGUUGAUUGUUGAGAUGUCUGUAGAGUAAGGCUACGUCCACACUACCACAUUUUCAUUUUAAAAAAUGACCUCUGUCUACACUGGCAUUUCCUCAUAGUUUAGAUCCCUGGCCAUAUUGAAAUUCUCAAAAACGCAUAUGACACAGAUCUUUGCAACACUGGGCAUGUGCACAUCAGCAAACUCCGCAAUGGGACAAUGUAGAGAAAAAUUCAGAGCCCUGUGAAAAUCCAAUUCUCGUGUGUUUUAUGUGCUUUCAGAACUUUUGAAUAGCAUGUUCACAACAUGCAGCACGGUGGCGCAGUGGGUAGCGCUGCUGCCUCGCAGUUGGGAGAUCUGGGGACCUGGGUUCGCUUCCCGGGUCCUCCUUGUGUGGAGUUUGCAUGUUCUCCCCGUGUCUGUGUGGGUUUCCUCUGGGCGCUCCGGUUUCCUCCCACAGUCCAAAGACAUGCAGGUUAGGUGGAUUGGCGAUUCUAAAUUGGCCCUAGUGUGUGUUUGUGUGUGUCCUGCGGUGGGUUGGCACCCUGCCCGGGAUUGGUUCCUGCCUUGUGCCCUGUGUUGGCUGGGAUUGGCUCCAGCAGACCCCCGUGACCCUGUGUUUGGAUUCAGCGGGUUGGAAAAUGGAUGGAUGGAUGUUCACAACAUAGAAAAAGAAAACAGUCAGUUGUCCCAGUGCCACAAUAAUGCGCUGAUUACAGUUGAAGGCAACGGUUUUUAGAACGGUCAUCUUGUUACUGAAUUUAAAAAAAAAAAGAAAAGCAACAGCUAAAAAAAAUAUUUAGCUCUGUGUUCAUUCAUGAGAUGAUUGAUUAUAAACAGCAGUCCACAGCAAUCCGAGUGCAACAUUUGUGAAAUUAACUCAACGGAGGAAAUAAAGGAAUGUGUGUGUGUC